UUGAAGGAAAGUUGCGGCUUCGAGGUGUUACGAUACUGCAAUCUAAAGGAAAAAAAACAAUAUUCCAACUCGCAGUUGCUCUUGUCUCCUUCCUCGCGCCUCCUCUUCAACUCCUCUUAAACCCUCCAACAAAACCACCACAUCUUGUAGUUGUACCACCACCGCUGGUCGGCGGCGCCUCUGCCAACCAUCUCUCAUUCUCUACCAUUGCUAUUCUAACAGGAUGGCCCUGCAGACAGCAGAUCCUCCUGUGGCACCUAGUGCGCAGGUUGUUGCUAAUGCUUUUGUUGAGCAGUACUACCACAUUCUCCAUCAUUCUCCAGAGCUGGUUUAUAGAUUUUACCAGGACUCAAGUGUACUUAGCCGCCAGGAAGAAAAUGGCGAGAUGACAUCUGUGACGACAAUGAAAGGUAUCAAUGCGAAGAUUAUUUCAUUAGACUACAAAAAUUAUAAGGCAGAGAUAAAGACCGCUGAUGCUCAGGAUUCUUACAAAGAUGGGGUGAUUGUUUUGGUGACUGGAUGUUUAACGGGAAAGAACAACAUAAGAAGAAAUUUUGCACAAUCAUUUUUUCUUGCUCCUCAAUCCAAAGGGUUUUUUGUCUUGAAUGAUGUUUUUAGAUAUGUUGAUGAAAGUGAACCGUUAGAGACAAAUGUGGUAACUAUUGCUAAAGUUGGUGAAUCUGUAUCUGUUCCAGUAGUCUCAGAAAUAGAGCCCCUUCAUACUCCUGAUGCUUCUACCACGAAGAUGGCGACGUCACAUGAAGAUAGUCAAAUUAAUAUUGAAAAACCCACUCAAACAUUUGAAAAGGAAAGACAGGUAGUUAGGGAGGAGGUCGUCCCUACUAUUUCUCAAUCAACUGAGCACCACCUUUCUGCAGUUGCUAAAUCAAGUCAGAUUUCUCCCCAAGAUGAUGGUGCGAAGAACUCAUAUGCAUCCAUUGUGAAGAAGGCAAAGGGUAGUCCUGGGCCUACUAAAGUAUACGUGCCUACUAAUACUGUAAGAUCCGCUCCCAGUGGCACUCAAGGGCAAGUUUCUGGAUCAGUGCCGACAGCUUCGGCUAUUGAACCAUCAGUAGAGAGGAAAGUCCUCGAGGAAGCUAAUGAUGAAGAAGAAGGUGCUGCAAUUGAAGGUCAUUCCGUUUAUGUUCGCAAUUUGCCAAUGAACGUGACAGUUACUCAGCUAGAGCAGGAAUUUAAGAGAUUUGGUCAAAUUAAACAAGAAGGUGUACAAGUCAGAAGUAAUAGGCAACAGGGAUCUUGUUAUGGAUUUGUCGAAUUUCUUUCUUCCAGUUCAGUGGAAAAUGCAGUGCAGGCUGCUCCAAUUAUUAUCGGAGGCCGACAAGCAUUCGCUGAAAUAAAAAGGAGUGGUACUCGAGUUGAUGGUGGGAGGGAUAGGCUCCCUUUUGGAAGAGGAGGAUAUCGUGGUGAUAGUUUCAGGGGCCAUGGAGGUUAUGGUGGUGGUCGUGGUUUUGGUGGUGGUCGAGGAGAAUAUUCUAGUCGAGGAAGAGGACAGGCAGGCCGUGGUGCUGAUGGCUAUCAACGAGGCAGGGGAAGGUCUGGUCGUCAAAGUGGGGUCAAUCGAUCUAACAUUGCUCCGUGACACAGGCAAGGAUGCGAUUCUUUUUGACAAUUGCGAUAUCAAUCAACAAUUAGGGGCCUAACUAGGAGAAUUGAUCCGUCAUUAGAUUUAGAAUGACUUUUGACAUCAGAGUAGAGCUCUAACAUUUGAUAUAAAAAGGAGGGUGGGAAGGAGGGGACCUUUUUAUAUCUGUUUUUGCAGAAUUUUACCAUAACUUCUAUAUUAGCUAGAUUAUUUACUUGGACAUCAAAUGUGUCAAUGCUUGUUUACGUUAGUGAAAAAAAGGUUUGUGCUCAUUGUUCCUCUCAUGUAGUUGAAUUUAUUGUCUUUA